UCUGACAACAGUCACUGAUUUGCCUAAUUCCGCUAAGAUGGUUUACACUAUGGCUGUUUUCCUGUUGGGCACCUUCGUCUUCGGUACCCAUGCAUGGGGUCCGACAGACUGCGCCUACUCCGUCUGGAGCGAAUGGAGAACUGACAACAGUGGGACUUUCCAGUUCCGCACUCGGGACAUCCUCCGUAACGCCAGGCAAGGUGGCCAGCCAUGUGUUGGGGACAGAGUUCAAUACAGAACAGUCAACGGGCAACCCGAUCCGGGUUUUGAGGGAUUUUUGUCCAUGUUUUUGGCGGGAAACGCCCCGUCGUUCAACUUAGCAGGAGGAGGGUCCUAUACGCUGUCACGUGACUUUGUCAUUCUUCUCGACACAACAAUAAAUGUCCAGUUGUUCCCAUAUUAUAAAUCUCUGGUUUCGAACAUCUUGGGGAAGGUAUGCGGAGAUUUCUCAAGCAACCCCAAUGACAACCGAGUCACUAUGGCGUCGUUUGACAGCUCAGAGACGGCCAUUCACACAUUUUCUGAUACCCAGUCAAGGGAGAUAAUGCAGGACAAAGUCCUGAGGGUUCCUAGAUUCCAGUACAGCACUUACGCUAACAUCAUACCGGCAGCUGACUUUGCCAGGACCACAUUGCACAGUGAUACUUCAGGCACCAGAACAUAUAACAAUGCAACAAAGGAAGUUCUCCUUGUGACGUCAUCUCCGGAUUACUGCUCGCGCGGUCUGACCAGAGCUUUGAAUCGUCUUCGUACCGUAGCCGAAGUUUACAUCCUUGUCAUUGGUCGCCCUAGUAACUCCUGCCUGGAGAGCCUUGCCACUUCUCCGACCGAGUUUCACUUCCGGCAGCUUGAGGACGUCGCUGCUAUCACGGACGGCUCUGCACUUUUGUUAGAUCAGUCGCAAGGAAACAACUUCUGCGUUCGCAUCACGGGUGGUGGACAACACUACUGAGAGAGUCGGUAACUGACCCAAGUGUUACUUGAAGCCUUCCAUGAUUCAACUUAAGGUUAAUGUGCAUAUUUGGUGAAAUAAUUUGCCAGUAUUAUUAUAUCUGUCACUUUAGAAGUUAACUCAAACGGCCAUAAGCAUUGUCCUUGGAUUUUAUAUAAGUCCACCAAAUGUUGAAGUGUAUCGGUUGUAGCGCUCUAAGCAUCCUUGUACAUAUGUGCGUAGAACCAUUGCUUAUUCAUUUUUGUAAAACGUGAUUCCACACCAUCGUUUUAAGUAGAAGACAUCUAAGUUAUUUUACUGGCCGGGAUAGCACAGUUGGUAGAGCGUCCGCUUCGGGAGCGGCAGAUCCAGGAUCAAUCCUGGGUAUGAGUUACACCUAAGACUUUAAAAGAGAAAGUUGUGGCUUCGUCGCUUGGCGUUCAGCAUGGAGGGGUUGGUGCAACGUCUGGUUGACCUGUAUCAGUAUAAUGGCUCGGGCCGGGCGCCUUACUUGCCUUCGGUAAGUCUUCUCAGUGAAGCAGCACUAGAUAAGAGCGGUGGAAAUCCGUCCUGCAACAAGGAGGUACAUUACACACACCCUAAGGAUUCCUUCGUCUUCAUAUGACUGAAAAAUUGUUGAGCACAACGUUAAACCCCAAUCACUCACUCACUCACUCUAAGUUAUUUUAGAGUUAUUCGGGGUGAAAUUUCCAACGUGGUACUUGAUCCUGGAAUAUGACAAUAUUCAUAACAUGAUUAAAGAUUCACAACUGUACAUAAAAGAUAUGGAUUGAUAAUAAUAAACCUUUUUAGGGUAUCUUGAAGAUUUUUGUCAUUUAUCUUUAUGUCAUGUGAAAUGGCGUUUUCUGGCUGUGAAUGAUGUUGGAUGAACGAAUAAAUGCGCUGAAUCCUGCACGGUCAUCGACGAAAAGUCUAAAUACACACAAGAAUGCGUUUUGGUUUAUAUGCUCCAUGUCUCCUCGCCUGAUUGACUGAUGCUAGUCGCCAUGCUCAAGAAUAUUCACUUAUAAGCCCAAAGUACACCACCAGCAUUUAGGACGUAACUGACCAAAUUCCUCGCAUUAAUCCACAAAUUUUCACAAGAAUAGCGACUUUGAUGUACCUCAUAUUAUUUUCUACUGAUCCACAUCGCCAGAGAGCGGCUAAUUUUGAUCCAGCACCACCCAUGGACAGCGAGUGAAACAGCAUCUUUUCCAUAUAUGGUUGACUGCUUACCCAGUAACAAUCAGAUGUUUAUGAUUAUGUUCCAUACCAACGGGUUUUAUAGAGAACCAAUUAUGCGAAAAAAAAGGUCCACGCGGUUCUCUGAAGAACUAUAAGGAACCAAGAUUUCUGAGUGUAGUGCAUCCUCACUUAAACGCCAUGCACGCAAUGCACGCCAUGCAUGCUGAAGACACUAGACACGAUACCCCACCCACUAACAUUAUAU